AUGCCCACAGACUCGGAGUGUGAUUGCGAUUUGGUGUCGAAAGAGUGGCUGUUAGCAAAGCUACGUUCUGACGAGAGAGAUACAAUAUUGAUAGAUUGUCGGGGGUCUAAUGAUUAUGCAGUAUCUCACAUACGUUCAGCCGUGAAUUUUUCCAUACCAAGUAUAAUGUUACGUCGCCUUGCUGCUGGAAAGAUUGAAUUGGCGUCUACAGUACAGUGUAAAGAGCUGAAAGCUAGAAUAGCUCAGUGUCGUACGCGAGGUACAUUUGUUUUGUAUGGAGAUAGCACAUCCAAGGACCCUGAUUCUGUACAUGGAAUCCUCCUGAAGAGGCUCAAACAAGAUGGUGUGAACGUCGUUUGUCUAGAAGUGCGAGGGGCAGAGUCGCCGGAGCGGAGGUCGGCAGUCGUGGCAUCCGCCCGCCAAACGUGGGAGAGGAAGUCGGCAGCUCAUUGUGGCUCCUCGCCCGAGACGACUCAGAUUAGGAUCGCCGACGUUGACGCCCGUACCGACCGUUUCUUCGAUGAUGUCAGUUCGCGCUACGGCUGGCGGCAGCAGCGGCGCGGUAUGGUGAUAACCCAGGCUAAUUAUCUGCUGGCGGACGGCGGCGGCCGGCGCCACUCUCAUUAUCUGUUCGAGACGGGUGAUAGUAGGACAUGCCCUCCUGUUUAUGUCAUGAAAAUUGAAAACAAAACCUUGCAUAGUUACGAGAAUAAGCGUUAG